GGAUCGACUGUACCGUCCGCCGAUCGAUCAAGAAGUACCUGCCCCGCAUGCAAUGGAGUCGCAACCGGGUCCCUGCGCAUCCGCGGUGCACGUCCUUCGAUGCCCGACCGCACAACGCCGACCCAACCCGACUUCAGGGACGAGGGCGCCUGCAGACCGCCGGUGCGUCCAGGACCCACUGUGGAGAACAUCACACGAGGAGUGUCAAACAUGCGGGCACACAGCGAUGGCGGCGACGACAAUGGUGGUCGCGGUGACGACGCCGACGAACGAUUUAUGGAGGACGUGGAAGCAGGGGACGACGACGACGACAUUCGUAUUCGGCCUCCGGGGAAGACGGGUGGGAGGGGGAAAGGACGCAGCACAGGUGCUGUUCAUGGUCCAUCCGUUGGCCAUGGCGACAGAGGUGGCGCCAACGACGACAGCGGGAAGUCUGCGACGUACUGGUCUUCGGAAGACCAAAUGCUCCUGGUGAGAUGCAAGCGGGAGCAAGACAUGCACCUCGUCGGGCUGGGUCACAAUUACGGUCGGAUGCGGACCAAGGAGUGGAAGUGGGACGACACUGCGAAGCGCAUGAGGUCGCGACGAAGCAUGUCUACGCGAGGGAGCGCCCGUGGGAAGAAGCGCGACGAAGUCCCUGACGACAGCCAAGGGCAGGGAAGAGGUCGGCGACAUGUCCCGAAGGCGAAGAGGGUGCAUUCGGAUGAUGCGUCAGCAAGGGUCCCUCCUCGUGGAGUGCAAGGUUGGGCGGCAGUAGCGGAAGCGGACUACGACAAAGACUUCACGACGGAGGAAGAGCGGGCAGAGGCGACCGUGUCUGCAGUACGGGAGAGCGGUCGGCAACGCUCUUCUGAUCACAUUGUUUCAAAGAGGAUGCUAACCCCUUCACCCGAGGCGCAACAACUGCGUGCCCGCGAAACGCGGACAGAGAAGGCUGUCGUCGUCGAUCUUGGCGGCGAUGAUGGCGAGCCCUUGGAAAAAUGUCGCCUGCGCACUCGUACAACAACAACCCCACCGCCGACUGCGGUGGCACUCGCUGCGGUAGACGAAAGGCCAGUCACGGGUAGACUGCCCGCCAUGCCGUCUCAACCACGUCGGCGCAACCAGGGUGAUGACGGAGGGUCCGUCCAACGCGGCGGGGGGGGGAAAGUCGUGGCAGACGCGCGCAAAGUUGGGGGCGAGCCGACAGGUGGUGCGUGUGCGGGUGCUUCAAUCACUGUGGCCCCUGUUGUGACGGCAAGAGAGGAGGCAGCGGUUGUGGUGAUGGCGAGAGAGGAGGCGUGCGGCGAGAAGAAAAAUGAUCGGGAGGGCGGCGAACCCGGCUCAAGCCGGGUACGUAGGGGAGUGAUGACGAAAGACCUCAUCGAUCGUGCCGUCCUUUGGGUUGAUGACAAAGCUUUCUGGAUGACGGGGAGCCGGGGGAGGGGCGAAGACUGUACAACAUCGUCCAUGAAACGAGAGAGUACUUUGUCGCCAUCGCCAGCGGACUUCCACCACCUGCCGUCCCUCGGAGCGUCGUGCUGCCCAAAUUCAGCACGAGGGUAGCCAGGAUAGCCGACCCAUCACAUCAGCAGCAAGCGAUCUCCCGUGCGACGACAGUGGAGAACAUUGCUCUGCGUAUCUUGCACGGCUGGGUAUUCAAGUCUGGGAACCUCCCAAGGGGAUAAAAUGUGGCUUUCCAG